AUGAAGAAAGAGGAGAGUGAGCAAAGACUCAGUCAGAAGAACAACAUCAUGAUCGUUUUUCUCUGGAUAAGCUUCAAUAUUAUUCUGGUUUCAGGUAACGGAAUAGUGAUUCUUUUAAAUUUUUUUCCCCUUUUGGAGUUUGUUUGGUUUAAAAACGUUUGUUUAUUAUCUUUCGAUUUUUGGAUUUAUUUAAAGAUUGUAUAUUGUGGGUGUUUCUGCAGGUUCCUCAGACGGAAAAGAAGUCAACCAGAAGCCGGACAGAAUAUUCAGCAAACUGGGACAAUCAGCCGAAUUAACCUGCAGUCAUAAAAUUGAUACCUACAACCAGAUCUACUGGUACAAGCAGGUGGAGAGCAAAGAGAUGCAGUACCUAGGAUACAUGGUUGGAAAUAAUGGAAAUCCUGAGGAUAAAUCUAAAGUGAAAAUUGAGGGGAACGCAAAUGCAAAUAAAAACUGCACAUUGACAAUUUUAGCGGUGGACCUGCACAGCAGUGCAGUGUAUUUCUGUGCUGCUAGUAUACACAAUGCUUCAUAUCUUUGCUUCUCAAUACAAAAACCCUCUGAUGUUGUGUUUAGUUCAUCUCUGUGUCACAGUUCACCACACCUGUAUCAAAGCGCUGUAACCGUUUUCUUUUCCUCUCCCUGA